UCUGUUCUAAUUUCAAACGGUCCGGCGGCCGAGCAGGCCGGACUUUCGAAAAUCGAAUUCUUUUUUUUAUUUUUUUCGAUUGGAAAGGCCACUAGAACUUUGAAAAGUUGUGUUUGUAUUGUGGACUGGUGAAGUGAAAAUGUGUGAAAAUUGUGUUCAACGCUAGAGGAUAAUAAGGAUUUUUAUGCGUGAAUCACGCAUGUGAUAUGGUGUGCAGGCGAUGCAGCAGCAUUUCUGACAGUUGAACGUGAAUAAACAAGAUGGCGGAAGCGGAGGGGGGAGCAAGUGAGCAGGAUGAUGUCUCAUUCUUGCGUACGGAAGAUAUGGUGUGCCUGUCUUGCACGGCCACCGGCGAGCGAGUGUGCCUGGCGGCCGAGGGUUUCGGCAACCGGCACUGUUUCCUCGAGAACAUCGCUGACAAGAACAUACCGCCUGACUUGUCGCAGUGUGUGUUCGUCAUUGAACAGGCGUUAUCAGUCCGAGCCCUACAGGAGUUGGUAACCGCUGCCGGAUCGGAAACCGGUAAAGGUACGGGAUCUGGACACAGAACCUUACUUUACGGCAAUGCUAUUCUACUGAGGCAUCUUAACAGUGACAUGUACCUGGCAUGUCUAUCAACAUCGUCAUCCCAGGACAAGCUAGCGUUUGAUGUCGGUCUCCAAGAACACUCACAAGGCGAGGCCUGCUGGUGGACUCUUCAUCCAGCCAGCAAACAAAGAUCUGAGGGUGAGAAGGUGCGAGUGGGCGACGACCUUAUCCUCGUGUCAGUUGCUACGGAGAGAUAUUUGCACACGACGAAGGAAAACGAAGUGUCCAUAGUAAACGCAUCAUUCCACGUCACGCACUGGUCGGUACAGCCUUACGGCACCGGCAUUUCACGUAUGAAAUACGUCGGAUACGUCUUCGGAGGAGAUGUAUUAAGAUUCUUCCAUGGCGGUGACGAAUGUCUUACUAUACCGAGUACUUGGAGUACGGAGGGUGGACAGAACAUCGUGGUAUACGAAGGCGGUUCGGUGAUGUCCCAAGCCCGUUCGCUCUGGCGCCUCGAGCUCGCUCGUACUAAGUGGGCCGGCGGUUUCAUAAACUGGCUCCACCCUAUGCGCAUACGGCAUAUAACUACUGGCAGAUACCUUGGAGUUAACGAUCAGAAUGAGCUGUAUCUGAUACAAAGAGAUGAAGCCACAACAGCAUCCUGCGCGUUCUACCUGCGUCAAGAGAAGGAUGACCAGAAAGUGGUGCUUGAAGACAAGGACCUCGAGGUCAUCGGGUCGCCCAUCAUCAAGUACGGUGACUCCACUGUCAUUGUGCAACACUCGGAGACCGGUCUCUGGCUGUCUUACAAGUCCUAUGAGACGAAGAAGAAAGGCGUCGGUAAAGUCGAAGAGAAGCAAGCGAUACUUCACGAAGAAGGCAAGAUGGACGACGGCUUAGACUUCUCCAGAUCUCAAGAAGAGGAGUCGCGUACUGCUAGAGUUAUUAGGAAGUGUUCGUCGCUCUUCACCAAGUUUAUCACUGGCCUUGAAACUCUGCAAGAGAACCGGCGGCACUCCAUGUUUUUCGCGUCGGUGAAUCUUGGCGAGAUGGUCAUGUGUCUCGAGGAUCUGAUCAACUACUUCGCGCAGCCUGAUGAGGAGAUGGAACACGAAGAGAAACAGAACAAGUUCCGGGCCCUCCGCAACCGUCAGGACCUGUUCCAAGAGGAAGGCAUCCUGAACUUGAUCCUCGAAGCCAUAGACAAGAUCAACGUCAUCACGUCACAAGGGUUCCUGGCCGGGUUCUUGGCUGGAGACGAGUCCGGGCAGAGCUGGGAGAUGAUCUCUGGAUACCUGUACCAGUUGCUUGCGGCCAUCAUAAAGGGUAACCACACCAACUGCGCGCAGUUCGCCAACUCCAACCGCCUCAACUGGCUGUUCUCGCGUCUCGGCUCCCAAGCCUCGGGGGAGGGCACGGGAAUGCUGGACGUGUUACAUUGCGUGCUGAUCGACUCGCCUGAGGCGCUGAAUAUGAUGAGAGACGAGCACAUAAAAGUAAUCAUCUCCCUCCUCGAGAAGCACGGUCGCGACCCAAAAGUCCUCGACGUACUGUGUUCUCUAUGCGUCGGUAAUGGCGUCGCUGUGCGUUCCUCACAGAACAAUAUCUGCGAUUAUCUACUGCCUGGGAAGAAUUUACUACUACAGACGGCUUUAGUGGACCAUGUGUCAAGUGUUCGUCCAAAUAUCUUCGUGGGUCGCGUGGAAGGUUCAGCCGUGUACCAAAAAUGGUAUUUUGAGGUCACCAUGGACCACAUUGAGAAGACGACGCAUAUGAUGCCACAUUUGAGGAUUGGAUGGGCGAAUACUGCUGGGUACGUCCCCUACCCCGGUGGCGGUGAGAAAUGGGGCGGCAACGGAGUCGGGGACGAUCUGUAUUCAUUCGGCUUCGAUGGUGCCAACCUCUGGUCUGGCGGCCGCAAGACACCCGUCAAUAGGAACUAUGCAGACGAGCCGUUUAUUAGAAAAGGUGACGUCAUCGGCUGUGCGCUAGACCUCACCGUGCCGAUCAUCAACUUCAUGUUCAACGGCGUCCGGGUAACCGGCUCCUUCACCAACUUCAACCUGGAGGGCAUGUUCUUCCCGGUUAUCAGCUGCUCUAGUAAACUGAGUUGCCGUUUCCUCCUAGGAGGCGAACACGGCCGUCUCCGCUACGCAGCACCUGAAGGCUACUCACCUCUAGUAGAAUCCCUCAACCCUCAGCAAGUGUUGAGCUUGGAGCCAUGCUUCUACUUUGGAAACUUAGCCAAGCGUGCAUUGGCAGGACCACCGUUAUUACAAGAUGAUACGGCUUUUGUGCCUACUCCAGUUGAUACAACUCUGAUCACACUGCCAUCGUACGUGGAGCAAAUCAGGGAUAAAUUGGCUGAAAAUAUCCACGAAAUGUGGGCCAUGAACAAGAUCGAAGCCGGUUGGAUGUAUGGCGCUCAACGUGAAGACCUUCACAAGAUACAUCCCUGCUUGGUUCCCUUCGAAAGGUUACCCGCCGCUGAAAAGCGAUACGAUAUUCAGCUCGCUGUGCAGACGCUCAAGACAAUUUUGGCGCUGGGCUACUACAUCAGCUUGGACAAGCCGCCGGCGCGCAUCCGAAACGUCAGGCUGCCUAAUGAGCCCUUCAUGCAGUCAAACGGCUACAAACCAGCACCUCUAGACCUGAGCGCUGUCACCCUGACACCGAAGAUGGACGAACUGGUCGACCAGCUGGCCGAAAACACACACAAUCUUUGGGCCAGGGAGCGCAUUCAGCAGGGGUGGACUUAUGGUCUCAAUGAGGAUCCCGACAUGCACCGGUCUCCUCACUUGGUGCCGUAUCCCAAAGUCGACGACGCCAUCAAGAAGGCCAAUCGUGACACCGCGUCAGAAACCGUCCGUACGCUGCUCGUGUACGGAUAUAUGUUAGAUCCACCGACUGGUGAACAACACGAAGCUCUCCUGCUGGAGGCUUCGAAACAGAAGCAAGCGGACUUCCGAACAUACCGAGCCGAGAAAAACUACGCUGUUGGUUCUGGCAAGUGGUACUUCGAGUUCGAGAUACUCACAGCUGGGCCCAUGAGGGUUGGUUGGGCACACGCUGACAUGGCUCCCGGUAUGAUGCUGGGUCAAGAUGAGAACUCCUGGGCAUUUGACGGAUAUAAUUGCGUUAAAGUGCACGGCGGAUCGAACGACAGUUUUGGACAGCAGUUCAAAGUUGGCGACAUCGUUGGCUGCUUCCUAGAUGUUCUCGACCAAACUAUUAGUUUUUCGCUCAAUGGCGAGCUUUUAAUGGACGCACUGGGUGGGGAAACUACGUUCGCUGACGUGCAAGGUGAUAACUUUGUACCGGCUUGCACGCUUGGGGUGGGACAGAAAGCCAGGUUGACAUAUGGACAGGACGUUAACUCGUUGAAGUUCUUCACAAUGUGCGGUCUUCAGGAGGGCUACGAACCCUUCUGCGUUAACAUGAAGCGAGACGUGACCCACUGGUACACCAAGGACCAGCCUAUAUUCGAGAACACCGACGAGAUGAUUGACACUAGGAUCGACGUCACCAGAAUACCCGCGGGCUCAGAUACGCCGCCAUGUUUGAAAAUAUCGCACAACACGUUUGAGACCAUGGAGAAGGCCAACUGGGAGUUCUUGAGGAUGUCACUGCCUGUCAUCUGUCACGCGCAGUUUAUCGACGAGCAAGAGAAAGCGCGCCGCUGGGUGGAGAUCAAAGAGCGUCAACAGAUGCUGAUGAAGGAAGCCGCGGAGGCGCAGAUGCCGGCGCACAUCGAUCAGAUCAUGCGCAGCGGAUUCACUAUGAACGACAUCAAAGGUCUCCACUACGACGAAGCCGACGAGCCCAAACUGAACCUGAAGCGGCUGCCCUCCCGCCCUCCCCGAAAAGGCUCAGUGGGGAGGAACGUCACUAUACAGAAUUACAAUUUACAGCCAGGUCAAGUGAACGGCAUGCACCGUACUACGAGUGAGGCAGAAAUGUCGAAGUACGAGUUGGGAGUUCAAAGUGUGGCAGAUGAGAAGAAGGAUAAGAGGGGGCGGUCGCCUUUCAAGUUCUUCAAAAGCAAGCGCGGCGAGAGCAGAGACCGCUCCAAAUCCCGCAAGUCCAAGACCCCAGACCCGUUUAGCGAUGGCGAACUCUCGCCAGAACGGUCCGCCAUGCGGCGACCUAACCCGCAGAUACGAGUGUCACAGGCGAAUACAAGGAUUGACGCUACCCACGGCCGGCCAAGCAAGGCGUACUUGUUUGACCAAGUCAAUACGAAUCUCAACAAUCUCCAAGUGCCAACCCCCCAGCAAGGGCGAAAAGAGAUGACCACGAGCACCCUCGCCGCGGCUCAGACAGAGAUGGUCGGGAAUGAAAUCUUCGACGCCGAGUGUCUCAAGCUUAUCAACGAGUACUUCUACGGUGUCAGGGUGUACCCAGGUCAGGACCCAACCCAUCUGUACGUCGGCUGGGUGACCACACAAUACCACCUCCACUCCAGGGACUUCAACCAGAGCAAGGUCAUGAAAUCAUCCGUCAUCAUCACUGAUGACUACGAUCGCGUUAUUGAGAGUGUCGAACGUCAGUCCUGCUACAUGGUACGCGCAGAUGAGCUCUACAACGAAGUAAUGGCCGAGGCAGCCGGCGCCAAAGGUGCCUCGCAAGGCAUGUUCAUCGGAUGCUCAGUAGAUACUUCAACAGGCAUCGUGUCGUGGACUUGCGAGGGGAAGGAUACCAGCUUUAAAUAUAAGAUGGAGCCAGAGAUCAAGCUCUUCCCGGCCAUCUUCGUAGAGGCUACAUCCAAGGAGAUCCUCCAAAUCGAGCUUGGUCGGUCUUUGACCAGUUUACCGCUCAGCGCCGCCGUGUUACCGACGAGCGACAAGCAUGUGACACCCCAGUUCCCUCCGAGACUGAAAAUACAGUGUUUGAAGCCGCAUCAGUGGGCGAGGGUUCCCAACCAGUCGCUACAAGUCCACGCACUCAAAUUAUCGGAUAUUCGUGGUUGGUCCAUGCUGUGUGAAGACGCUAUCUCCAUGUUAGCUCUACAUAUACCUGAGGAGGACCGCUGCAUAGAUAUUCUGGAGUUGAUCGAAAUGGACAAACUCCUUAGUUUCCACUCGCACACCCUGACGUUGUAUGCUGCCUUGUGCUAUCAGAGCAAUUACAGGGCUGCCCAUGCUCUUUGCCAGCACGUCGACCAAAAACAACUGCUGUAUGCGAUCCAGUCACAAUAUAUGUCUGGCCCGCUUCGACAAGGGUUCUACGAUCUACUCAUAGCUUUGCACCUCGAAUCCCACGCCACCACCAUGGAAACAAUGAAGAAUGAAUUCGUGAUCCCCCUCGGUCCAGAGCUGAAGGCUUUAUAUGAAGAUCCCGACAUGCAACAUAGCUUACGCUCUUUGCAAUGCGAGAGCGUGCGACCACAGAUGAAGAUGACUGAUAUAGCGGAAAACAUCUCGGACAUCAGCAACCUGUACUCUCCCAACUUCCCCCUUGAAGUGGUACGAGAAUUCGUGAUGCAGGCACUGGCAGAGGCCGUGGAGACGAACCAGGUGCACAACCGAGACCCCGUCGGUGGGAGCAACGAGAAUCUAUUCCUGCCUCUCAUAAAGCUGGUGGACCGUCUCCUGCUGGUGGGCAUGAUGCGUGAUGAAGACGUGGAGAAGCUCCUCAUCAUGAUCAACCCUGAGACUUGGGAUCCCACUUUUGAUAAAGAAGGCAAAGAUGAGCACCGGAAGGGACUCCUUCACAUGAAGAUGGCGGAGGGUGCAAAGUUGCAGAUGUGCUAUCUACUGCAACAUCUCAACGAUGUGCAGCUGCGGCACAGAGUCGAAGCCAUCAUAGCGUUCGCUCAUGAUUUCGUUGGUGAUUUGCAGACUGAUCAGCUUAGGCGAUACAUCGAGAUCAAGCAGUCGGACCUGCCGAGCGCAGUGGCAGCCAAGAAGACCAGGGAGUUCCGUUGUCCACCUCGGGAACAGAUGAACGCCAUACUCAGUUUCAAGCACAUGGACCUAGUAGAGGAAGCGGAGAAGGACAACAUUCCAUGCGGCGAGGAUCUCAUCGCUCGUAUGUCCGAAUUCCAUGAAGGGCUCAUGUCGCAUGUGUCUCUUUCUGCCCUGCAAGAACCUGAAGUUCCAGAAUCAACUGAACCGGAGGUCAAACCUGGGACCAUUGGCAAGAUAUACAACAUUAUCAACACAGUCAAAGAAUUAGAUGAGGAGCCGAAGCCUGUGGAAGAGCCCCCGCGCAAGACUCCAGAGGAGAAGUUCCGCAAAGUUUUAAUUCAGACCAUCGUCUCAUGGGCCGAAGAGGCGCAGAUCGAAACCCCUAAGCUAGUUCGAGAGAUGUUCAGCCUCCUCGUCCGUCAAUACGACUCCGUCGGCGAGCUAAUCCGUGCCCUAGAAAAGACCUACGUCAUCAACGCCAAGACCAAACUAGACGUCGCUGAGAUGUGGGUGGGACUCAGCCAGAUUAGGGCUUUGCUCCCGGUACAAAUGAGUCAGGAGGAAGAGGAGCUAAUGAGGAAACGAUUGUGGAAACUGGUGAACAAUCACACGUUCUUCCAGCAUCCAGAUUUGAUAAGGGUACUCCGCGUGCACGAGAACGUGAUGGCCGUCAUGAUGAACACACUCGGGCGCCGCGCGCAGGCGCAGUCCGACGCCGCGCCCGCCAACCCUCCGGCCGCCGAAGACAAGGAAAAGGACACAUCCCACGAGAUGGUGGUAGCCUGCUGCCGCUUCCUCUGCUACUUCUGCCGCACCGGCCGUCAGAACCAGAAGGCCAUGUUCGACCACUUCGACUUUUUACUGGAGAACUCAAACAUCCUGCUCUCCAGGCCUUCACUACGAGGAUCUACGCCCCUAGAUGUCGCUUAUUCAAGUUUAAUGGAAAACACGGAACUGGCGUUGGCUUUAAGAGAACAUUACCUCGAGAAGAUAGCCAUCUACCUGUCCCGCUGCGGUCUUCAGAGCAACUCGGAGCUGGUCGAGAAAGGCUACCCAGACUUGGGUUGGGACCCGGUGGAGGGUGAACGAUACUUGGACUUCCUGCGGUUCUGUGUUUGGGUGAACGGUGAAAGCGUAGAAGAAAACGCCAACCUAGUAAUUCGCCUUCUCAUCCGUCGCCCAGAAUGCCUCGGCCCCGCGCUGAGAGGCGAAGGCGAGGGUUUACUGAAGGCGAUCGUAGACGCUAACAAAAUGAGCGAGAGGAUAGCGGAUAGGCGGAAGCUGAGGGAGAUGGAGCAGGAGGGAGAUACUUCGUUCAGCCACCCGCUUCCAGAAUCAGAUGAAGACGAAGACUACAUAGAUACUGGCGCCGCCAUCUUGAAUUUCUACUGCACACUAGUAGACCUGCUGGGACGGUGUGCGCCAGAUGCUGGAGUCAUCGCCUUGGGCAAGAACGAAUCGCUCCGAGCUCGCGCCAUUCUGCGUUCCCUGGUGCCUUUAGAAGAUCUUCAGGGGGUCCUCAGUCUCCGUUUUACUUUGCACAACCCUGCUGCCGGCGAAGAGCGACCCAAGUCUGAUAUGCCAUCUGGAUUGAUACCCGGGCACAAGCAGAGCGUGGUGCUUUUCCUCGAACGAGUAUACGGCAUUGAGACUCAAGAACUGUUCUACCGGCUUCUGGAGGAGGCAUUCCUUCCAGACUUACGCGCGGCCACUAUGCUGGAUAGGAACGAUGGCUGCGAGUCAGACAUGGCGCUGUCAAUGAACCGUUACAUCGGCAACUCGAUAUUGCCUCUACUCAUCAAGCACGCGAACUUCUAUAACGAGGCCGAAAACUAUGCCAGUUUGCUUGAUGCUACGCUACACACUGUCUACAGACUAUCCAAGAACCGUAUGCUGACUAAAGGUCAGCGUGAAGCGGUGUCUGACUUCUUGGUAGCACUAACUUCGGCCAUGCAACCUUCUAUGCUGCUCAAACUGCUGAGGAAACUUACUGUAGAUGUGUCCCGUCUGUCGGAGUAUACUACUGUUGCGCUCAGGUUGCUAACGUUACACUACGAGCGCUGCGCUAAAUACUACGGUAGCUCUGGCUCCGGCGGUUCCUCGGACGAAGAGAAGCGUCUCACCAUGAUGCUGUUCAGCAACAUCUUCGAUUCCCUCAGCAAGAUGGACUACGACCCUGAACUGUUUGGGAAGGCGCUGCCUUGCCUCAUCGCUAUUGGCGCUGCCUUGCCUCAUUGCUAUCGCAAGAUGGACUACGACCCUGAACUGUUUGGGAAGGCGCUGCCUUGUCUCAUCGCUAUCGGUUGCGCUCUGCCGCCGGACUACUCUCUGGUCAAGAACUACGAUGAUGAGUUCUAUGGCAAAGAACAACAAUCCACCGGCGGUCCAGACAACCCGCAAUACGACCCUCAGCCAAUCAACACGUCAUCAGUCGCACUCAACAACGAUCUCAACACCAUUGUCCAGAAAUUCUCAGAGCAUUACCACGAUGCCUGGGCUUCCAGGAAAAUCGAAAACGGUUGGGUGUACGGCGAAUCCUGGUCGGACAGUCAGAAGUCUCAUCCCCGCCUCAAGCCAUACAACAUGCUAAAUGACUACGAAAAGGAGCGCUACAAGGAACCAGUCCGCGAGUCCCUAAAAGCGCUACUAGCGAUCGGCUGGUCGGUGGAACAUUCCGAAGUCGACCUGCCCAGUACCAACAGGAGCUCCAUGCGACGACAAUCCAAGUCUGGUGGCACGGACUCAGCGACCCCAUUCAACUACAAUCCGCAUCCUGUCGACAUGACCAAUUUGACUCUGUCGAGAGAAAUGCAGAACAUGGCUGAGAGAUUAGCUGACAACGCUCACGAUAUCUGGGCUAAGAAGAAGAAAGAAGAACUUACUACGAACGGAGGCGGAAUCCACCCUCAACUCGUCCCAUACGAUCUCCUCACCGACAAAGAAAAGAAGAAGGAUCGAGAACGAUCCCAAGAGUUCCUCAAAUACCUCCAAUAUCAGGGCUACAAGCUCCACCGCCCCAGCAAGGCUCAGCAAAGCGACACGGAACAGACCACUACGGGCGUAGCAAUAGAGCUUAGAUUCGCUUACUCGUUGUUGGAGAAACUGAUACAGUACAUCGAUAGGGCGACGAUUAAUAUGAAGCUUUUGAAACCGUCGACUACGUUUAGUAGGAGGACGAGUUUUAAGACGAGUACGAGGGAUAUUAAGUUCUUCUCUAAGGUGGUCCUGCCCCUCAUGGAGAAAUACUUCUCGACGCAUCGUAACUACUUCAUAGCAGUGGCAACGGCGACCAACAACGUCGGUGCGGCCAGUUUGAAAGAGAAGGAGAUGGUAGCAGCGCUGUUUUGUAAGCUAGCCAGCUUGCUCCGUUCUAGACUAGCAGCAUUCGGGCCAGACGUGAGGAUCACCGUCCGAUGUCUCCAAGUCCUCGUGAAAGGCAUCGACGCCAAGUCCCUCGUCAAGAACUGUCCUGAAUUCAUCAGAACAUCCAUGCUCACGUUCUUCAAUAAUGUGGCUGAUGAUUUGGGGCAUACUAUACUGAACUUACAGGAUGGUAAAUACGCGCACCUACGAGGUACGCACUUGAAGACGUCCACGUCACUGGGUUACAUCAAUGGUGUGAUUCUUCCAGUCCUGACCGCCAAGUUUGAUCACCUUGCUAACUGCGAGUACGGGGCCGAUUUGCUGUUGGACGAGAUCCAAGUGGCAUCGUACAAGAUCCUCGGCUCCCUAUACACUCUGGGCACCGACGCGAGCCUGACACACGAUAGGAAGUACCUGAAGACUGAAAUAGAGAGACACAAACCCGCUUUGGGUUCCUGCUUAGGUGCCUUCAGUUCUACAUUCCCGGUGGCGUUCUUGGAGCCUCAUCUCAACAAGCACAAUCAGUUCUCGCUGCUCAACCGCAUAGCAGACCACUCUCUCGAGGCGCAAGACAUAAUGGCCAAAAUGGAGCAAUUCAUGCCCACACUAGAGACGAUCCUCGGCGAGGUCGACCAAUUCGUCGAGUCAGACAAGACCUACGUGGAAGCCCCUCAUAUCAUCGACGUGGUGUUGCCGCUGUUAUGCUCGUACUUGCCGUUCUGGUGGGCGCAGGGGCCUGACAACGUCACGCCAACCCAGGGCAACCACGUAACCAUGGUGACAGCGGAACACAUGAACCAGCUCCUGAAGAAUGUGCUGAAACUCAUCAAGAAGAAUAUCGGCAACGAAAACGCACCCUGGAUGACUCGUAUAGCCACUUACACGCAACAAAUUAUCAUCAACAGUUCCGAAGAGUUACUUCGUGACGUGUUCCUGCCACUGGCAGAGCGUGUCAGAAAACGCACUGAUACCAUGUUCCACAAGGAAGAGAGCUUACGAGGAUUUAUCAAGUCUUCAACGGACGACACCUCACAAGUGGAGUCCCAGAUCCAAGAAGACUGGCAGCUGUUAGUUCGUGACAUCUACUCGUUCUAUCCGCUGCUCAUCAAAUACGUGGAUCUGCAGAGGAACCAUUGGCUCAGGAAUAAUGUCAACGAGGCCGAGGAGCUAUACAACCACGUUGCAGAAAUAUUCAACAUCUGGUCCAAGAGUCAAUACUUCCUAAAGGAGGAACAGAACUUCAUAUCCGCCAACGAAAUUGAUAACAUGGUGCUGAUCAUGCCUACAGCUACCAGAAGGGUGACCACGGUUGUCGAAGGAGCACCUCAGGGUGGUGGCAAGAAAAAGAAGAAACAUCGCGACAAGAAACGCGACAAAGAUAAGGAAGUCCAGGCUUCCCUAAUGGUAGCUUGUCUCAAACGUCUUCUCCCGGUUGGUCUCAAUCUAUUCGCGGGAAGAGAGCAGGAGUUAGUGCAGCAUUGCAAGGAUCGCUUCCUGAAAAAAAUGUCUGAACAAGACGUGGCAGAGUUCGCGAAGAUCCAGCUCACACUGCCUGACAAAAUCGAUCCUGCGGACGAGAUGUCGUGGCAACACUACCUAUAUAGCAAACUAGGCUCGAAAAGCAAAGCGGCAGUGGCAGACAACACGGCGGAGACCAAAGCCAAGAUCAUUGAUGACACAGUGGAGAGAAUCGUUGCUAUGAGCAAAGUACUCUUCGGUUUGCAUAUGAUCGACCAUCCUCAACAAAUGAGUAAGAACGUGUACCGCUCUGUAGUAUCUAUUCAACGGAAGCGCGCCGUCAUCGCUUGCUUCAGAUGUCUAUCUUUACACUCUCUCACAAGGCAUCGAGCCUGCAAUAUAUUCGCAAGAACCUACUACGAACUAUGGUUGGAGGAAGAAAAUAUUGGCCAAGAGGUCAUGAUAGAAGAUUUGACGCAAUCAUUCGAAGACGCAGAACUGAAAAAGAGCGACGUGGUGGAAGAGGAAGGCAAACCGGACCCCCUCACUCAGCUGGUCACCACUUUCUGUAGAGGGGCUAUGACUGAGCGGUCUGGUGCAUUGCAGGAGGAUCCUCUUUACAUGUCGUACGCGCACAUCAUAGCGAAGUCCUGCGGCGAAGAGGAAGAGGAAGGUGGUGGGGAAGAAGAGGAGGGGGGAGGCGAGGCGGAGGCAGCAGGGGAAGAGGAGAGCAAAGCCAGUAUACAUGAGCAAGAGAUGGAAAAGCAGAAACUACUCUUCCACCAAUCCCGUCUCGCGGACCGUGGUGUGGCCGAGAUGGUGCUACUACAUAUCUCGGCCUCCAAGGGCAUUCCCAGUGACAUGGUGAUGAAGACACUGCAACUAGGCAUCUCUAUACUGCGCGGAGGCAAUAUUGACAUACAAAUGGGCAUGCUGAACCACUUGAAAGAUAAGAAAGACGUCGGAUUCUUCACAUCUAUCGCUGGUCUUAUGAACUCUUGCUCCGUGUUGGAUUUGGAUGCUUUCGAGCGGAAUACUAAGGCUGAAGGUCUUGGUGUGGGUCUGGAAGGCGCGGCGGGCGAGAAGAACAUGCAUGACGCCGAAUUCACAUGUGCGCUGUUCCGGUUCAUACAACUUACCUGUGAAGGACACAAUUUGGAAUGGCAGAACUACCUACGUACCCAGGCCGGUAACACGACUACGGUCAACGUAGUCAUCUGCACCGUCGACUACCUGCUGCGACUACAGGAGUCUAUCAUGGACUUCUACUGGCAUUAUUCCAGCAAGGAGCUGAUAGAUCCAGCGGGCAAGGCGAACUUCUUCAAGGCUAUCGGAGUAGCUUCACAAGUAUUCAACACGCUCACUGAAGUCAUUCAGGGCCCUUGUACGCAGAAUCAGCAGGCUUUGGCGCAUUCCAGAUUGUGGGACGCCGUAGGUGGUUUCCUGUUUCUGUUCUCGCAUAUGCAAGAUAAGUUGUCGAAGCACUCAUCCCAGGUGGAUCUGCUGAAGGAACUGCUUAAUCUUCAGAAAGACAUGAUCACUAUGAUGCUGUCUAUGCUUGAGGGCAACGUCGUUAACGGUACGAUCGGAAAGCAGAUGGUAGACACUCUCGUCGAGAGCGCCGGCAACGUGGAACUGAUCCUGAAAUACUUCGACAUGUUCCUCAAACUGAAGGACCUGACUUCCAGCGCGAGUUUCCUGGAGAUCGAUGCUAAUAAUGAUGGCUGGGUGCUGCCUAAGGAUUUUAAGGAGAAGAUGGAACAGCAGAAAAGUUACACCCCCGAGGAGAUAGAGUUCCUUCUGGCUUGCUGCGAGACGAACCACGACGGCAAGAUGGACUAUAUAGGCUUCUGCGACCGCUUCCACGAGCCAGCAAAGGAGAUUGGUUUCAACUUGGCUAUUCUGCUUACGAAUCUGUCGGAACAUAUGCCUAAUGAACCUAGACUGGCCCGGUUCCUGGAAACUGCCGGCUCCGUGCUCAACUACUUCGAGCCGUUCCUAGGCCGUAUCGAGAUCAUGGGUGGUUCCAAACGUAUCGAGCGAGUUUACUUCGAGAUUAAGGAGGAGAAUAUCGAGCAAUGGGAGAAGCCGCAAAUUAAGGAAUCCAAACGUGCUUUCUUCUACAGCAUAGUAACAGAGGGUGGCGACAAAGAAAAACUCGAAGCUUUCGUCAAUUUCUGCGAGGACGCCAUAUUUGAAAUGACACAUGCGUCUGGUUUGAUGGCGGCCUCGGAGGAGCAGGGCGGGGGGCAGAAGAAUAGGGAGGCUGCGUAUAUGUAUCUGGGAGAUGAUGAUGAUGACAACAAAGGCAAAGACCCAUUCCGCCGCGGUCUCCAAUCCAUAAAGGACGGUUUCGCCACCGCAUUCUCAUCUCUAUCUCCAGCGAACAUAAAGUCUAAAAUCGCAGAUAUGCAGCAGAUGCCGCCGGCUGAAUUGGCUGUUGGGUUCUUCAAGAUGUUCUUCUAUCUGUUCUAUUACAUGGGCUAUGCGUGCUUGGUGGUUGUCAGGUACAUAUUCGGCGUACUCCUCGGCCUGAUGCGGGGUCCUCAGACGGAGGAGGUUCCUCCGGAGCCGACGGAAGAGGAGAAAAUUGGUCCAUCAAGGUUGCUACCAGCGUUGCCGGCGGCGGAUGACACGGGCCAAAUGCAGGUCUCUGCCUUCGGUCUGGAUAUAUCUAAAGAAGACAAUGGCCAAAUCCAAGUGAAACCGCACGAAUCCCCGACCACAUCCACGCCAUCUUCUGGCGAGGAAGCAGAAGCUUCACCCGACGAGGCAGUGGAACACUCUGAGGAACAACAGCCGCCAUCUUUGAUAGACCUGCUCGGUGGAGAACAAGCGAAGAAGCAAGCGCAGGAGAGAUUAGAAGCCCAGGCAGCGCAGCAAGCCGCUAUGUCCGCUAUCGAAGCUGAGAGCAAAAAGGCAGUGCAAGCGCCGACCCCGUCCGCCGUGUCUCAAGUAGACAUCUCCCAAUACACCAAGCGAGCUGUUUCCUUCCUUGCGAGGAAUUUCUACAACCUGAAGUACUGCGCGCUUAUCCUGGCCUUCUGUAUCAACUUCGUACUACUCUUCUAUAAGGUAUCGACGCUGGAGGGUGACGACGAGGGCUCGGGUCUCGGAGACAUUGUCAGCGGUUCAGGCUCGGGGGCAGGUUCAGGAAGUGGAGAUGGCAGUGGCGAAUCCGGUGAAGAUGAGGAUCCGUUAGAAAUAGUACAUAUAGACGAGGAUUUCUUCUACAUGGAACACGUUAUCAAAGCGGCCGCCGUUUUGCAUUCUGUCGUCUCAUUAGCCAUCCUCAUCGGAUACUACCAUCUCAAGGUACCGCUAGCCAUCUUCAAGCGCGAGAAAGAGAUAGCACGACGACUUGAAUUCGACGGUCUCUACAUCGCCGAGCAACCUGAAGACGAUGACAUUAAGAGCCAUUGGGACAAACUUGUCAUCUCUGCCAAAUCGUUCCCCGUGAACUAUUGGGACAAGUUCGUGAAGAAGAAAGUCCGCACGAAGUACUCCGAGACGUAUGACUUUGACAGCAUCUCCAACAUGCUCGGUAUGGAGAAGACGUCGUUCGCGGCGCAUGAGGAGACGGGCAAUAAGGGCUUCUUCCAAUACAUCCUCAACCUGGACUGGCGUUACCAGCUCUGGAAAGCCGGCGUCACAUUCACCGACAACUCCUUCCUGUAUUCACUGUGGUACUUCUGCUUCUCUGUGAUGGGCAACUUUAACAACUUCUUCUUCGCCGCUCAUCUUCUGGACGUUGCUGUGGGCUUCAAGACGCUGAGGACGAUCUUGCAGUCCGUUACGCAUAACGGGAAACAGCUGGUGUUGACCGUGAUCCUGCUUACCAUCAUAGUGUACAUAUACACGGUGAUCGCAUUCAACUUCUUCCGCAAGUUCUACGUUCAGGAGGAGGACGACGAGGUCAACAGGAACUGUCACGACAUGUUGUCGUGCUUCGUGUUCAACAUCUACAAGGGCGUGCGCGCGGGCGGCGGCAUCGGCGACGAGCUGGAGCCCCCGGACGGCGACGACUCGGAGGUGUGGCGCAUCAUCUUCGAUGUCUCCUUCUUCUUCUUCAUCAUCAUUAUCCUGCUCGCUAUCAUUCAGGGUUUGAUCAUCGACGCCUUCGGUGAGCUCCGUGACCAGCUGGAGUCAGUAAAGGAAGACAUGGAGUCCAACUGCUUUAUAUGCGGCAUGGGCAAGGACUAUCUAGAUUUGGUACCGCACGGGUUCGACACGCACGUGCAACGCGAGCACAAUCUCGCUAACUACAUGUUCUUCCUCAUGCAUCUCAUCAACAAACCUGACACUGAAUACACAGGUCAAGAGACGUACGUGUGGAACAUGUACACGCAGCGAUGCUGGGACUUCUUCCCCGUCGGAGACUGCUUCAGGAAGCAGAACGAGACCGAAAUGACCGAGUGAAUGGUUCAUUCAAAUACCUACUCAUUACAAUCCUGAAUGACAAAAUAAACACUAAAAUCCUAGAGACUAAAAUCCGG